UGAAGGUGUAACAUUUCAGUAUCCCCUUCCCUCCCAUACAGUAUCAGCAUUAGCUUAGCACCUCCUGCUGCAGAGAGGAGCCUGUCAGACCAGUUUUCAGGCAGUGUUUGUGCAGAUGAACGUGUCUGGAAAAGCCCUCGAAGCCAGGAGUACACACUGGAUUUGGUUUGAGAAAGGAGAAACAGAUCUUAGGACAGAAUAGCGGGAUUGAUUUUAACACAUCUAAAAGGAACCUAGUGAGCAUUGAAUAAGGUUGAGCCCAUCACUACAAGGACAAGACUGCUACAGGAGGGCGGUGCAGCAGGCACAGCACCUGGACACUUCCUUUUUGUGGAGCAGGAAGGAAUAAGUAUCACACUGCUAUCUUUAAGCUGUGAGGCGUCAGCGUCUGGACCAUGUUCUCCUCUGCUGUCCCGUACAAAAACCAGCACUACGCUGAACUGAAGAGGAACUGCAUCAAUGACAAGACGCUGUUUGAGGACGCAGAGUUCCCUGUCAUCAAUUCAUCGCUGUAUUUUAGGAAACCACCCCCUGGAUUGGUGGAGUGGAAACGACCAGCUGAGAUCAGCAAUGCGCCCAGCCUGUUUGUGGAGGGCAUCAGCGCCCAUGACCUGAACCAGGGAGUUGUGGGAAAUUGUUGGUUUGUUGCUGCCUGCUCCUGCCUUGCUAUGAAGCCUGAACUCUGGAAGAGGGUAAUUCCUGAUCACAAGGAGCAGGAGUGGGAUCCCAAGCAUCCGGAGAACUAUGCAGGCAUCUUCCACUUCCAGUUCUGGAUCUUUGGAGAGUGGGUGGAUGUGGUGGUGGAUGACCGGCUGCCCACCAUCAACAAGGAGCUGAUCUACUGCCACUCCAACGAGAAGAACGAGUUCUGGAGCGCCCUGCUGGAGAAGGCCUACGCCAAGCUCUCUGGCUGCUAUGAGUCUCUGGAGGGGGGAAACACCGGAGACGCUGUGGUGGACUUCAGUGGAGCUGUGGCUGAAGCCAUCGACCUGGGAGCAGAAGAAUACUACAAGGACCAGACAAAACAAGACCAGCUGUUUGAGGAUCUGCUAAAGGUCUACGACCGUGGAGGAAUCAUAAGCUGCUCCAUCAUUGCGCAACCUCAUGAGAUUGAAUUCAAGAUGUCGAACGGGCUGGUGAAAGGACACGCAUACUCAGUAACUGCAGUGAAGAAAGUGCGUUUGGGUCACGGACUGCUGGCCUACUUCAAGAAUGAAACUAUUUCUCUGAUCCGCAUGAGGAACCCCUGGGGUCAGACUGAGUGGAAAGGAGCCUGGAGUGACACCUCUGAGGAAUGGUCGAAGGUUGGUGAUAUGGAAAGGGAAAACCUUGGCAUCACCGUAGCGGACGAUGGGGAGUUCUGGAUGUCAUUUGCAGACUGGUGCAAGUUAUUCACUAAUGCAGAUGUUUGCCGUGUUAUCAAUACUGCCCUGAUCAGUGUCAACAAGACGUGGAAUGAGGUUGUGCACUUUGGGAGUUGGACCAAAAACGCAGAGCCGCUUUUGAACCGCUGCGGGGGCUGUGCCAACAACAAGCCCACCUUCCUGCAGAACCCACAGUUCCUGUUUGAUGUUACAAAGGAGUCCGAUGAGGUCCUGAUCUCCUUGCAACAAAAAGACAUGAAGAUCCACAGACGAUUUGGUCAAGGAGAAAACAUUACCGUUGGCUUUAGUGUCAUCAAGGUGGAACUAAACAGGAAGUACAGGAUGCACGACAUCCUGACCCAGCAGUGUGUGCAGACGUCGACCUUCAUCAACGCUCGGACGGUGUUCAUGAGAUGCACGCUGGAGCAGGGCCGCUACGUCCUCAUCCCCACCACCUUCAAGCCUUACACUCUGGGGGAUUACAUGAUCCGAGUUUUCACCGACGUGGACUCAGGCUGCAGGGAGCUGACAGAAGACAAGCCGCAGGUUAAAUGCUGGAGUUCAUUCCUUGGAUACCCGCAAGCUGUGACUCACGUCUACGUGCAUGGAGCCGGGGAGCUGCAGAACCAGGACAGCACUGGAGGUGCAGACCCGUAUGUGAUCAUUCACUGUGAGGGCCGGUCUGUACGAUCCACCAUCAAAAAGGACACCCUGAAUCCAGAGUUUACAACAAGCGCAAUUUUCUUCAGGAAGAAGCCCAGAAAGCCCUUAACAGUGGAGGUCUGGAACAGCAACGCGGUGAAGGACGAGUUCAUGGGCCAGGUGGUUCUGUCGGGCUCGGUGAAGGACACCUUCAGCCCUCAGAGGCUCCAGCUGAGGAAGAGAGGACGACAGAUGGCGGACGAGAUGCCGGGGACCAUCAGUGUGAGGGUCAUCACUUCUACUCAGCUGACCGCCAUGUGAUCCAGUCAGUGACUUUAGUGAGGGCUUUUUCACGAUGAACACCUCACUUGGCAUGUGUCAUCAUCAAAGCCCCAUAAACACUCUUUGUCAUGCUGGAUGUCCACGCUUUUAUUUUACAUUUGUAUUUGCACGUUGAGGAAUUGUUUGCAAAGUUGAGAUGUGAGCAGGCAAUUCCUAUCUUAAUGUUUAGUCUUGAGUUAUCUUAAUCACCUUUCAAAUCAUUUUUAUGUAACUUAUAAAAUAUUUGUAUAUUGACAUUUUGAAAGUUGCUUGUAAAGAUGUUCUCUUUUUAUUACUAUUACUACUGUGAGUUUUAUGGCAGAUAUGUCAUUCAAGUCUUAAAAUACAUUAGUUAUACUUUUGUCCUUUUUAAAUAGCACCUUUGUAUGCAGAACAAUGUACUGUGUGCACAACAUGAUUAAAGUAUCAUCUAUUCUUUGA